AUGCCCGGACCCACCGCUGUGUCCCCUUCGGGCCCCGCCGCCCUGACAGCCGGAACCCGCGGGGCUCGGCCAGACUCCCCCGGCUCUGGGACCCCCGAGCCCCGGCUCGCCGUGGGCCUCGCUCGCUGCAGCGCCCGCAGAGAGCGGCAGCGCUUCGUGGACAAGAACGGGCGCUGCAAUGUGCAGCACGGGAACCUGGGCGGCGAGAGCAGCCGCUACCUCUCCGACUUCUUCACCACGCUGGUGGACCUCAAGUGGCGCUGGAACCUGCUCAUCUUCCUGCUGACCUACACGGUGGCCUGGCUGGUGAUGGCCUCCAUGUGGUGGGGCAUCGCCUACCUGCGCGGUGACCUGCACCAGGCGCACGGUGACACCUACAGCCCGUGUGUGGCCAACGUGUACAACUUCCCUUCCGCCUUCCUCUUCUUCGUAGAGACCGAGGCCACCAUCGGCUACGGGCACCGCUACAUUACGGAGCGCUGUCCCGAGGGCAUCGUGCUGUUCCUCUUCCAGUCGCUGCUGGGCUCCGUGGUCGAUGCGUUCCUCAUCGGCUGCAUGUUCAUCAAGAUGUCGCAGCCCAAGAAGCGAGCUGAGACCCUCAUGUUCAGCCGUGCCGCCGUCAUCUCGCAGCGGGAUGCCAAGCUCUGCCUCAUGUUUCGUGUGGGCAACCUCCGCAACAGCCACAUGGUGUCCGCCCAGAUCCGCUGCAAGCUGAUCAAGUCCAGACAGACACCAGAGGGAGAAUUUCUGCCACUAGACCAGUGUGAACUGGAUGUUGGAUUUGGAACUGGGGCUGAUCAGCUGUUUUUAGUUUCCCCUUUAACCAUCUGUCAUGAAAUUAACUCAGAGAGCCCCUUUUUCUGUCUCUCACAAAGAUCACUGAGGAGUGAGCAAUUUGAAAUAGUUGUCAUCCUGGAAGGAAUCGUUGAGACUACCGGAAUGACGUGCCAAGCCAGGACCUCGUACACAGAAGAUGAAGUCCUUUGGGGUCACAGGUUCCUCCCAGUAAUGUCUCUGGAAGAUGGCUUUUUCCGUGUCGAUUAUUCUCAGUUUCACGCCACGUUCGAAGUCCCCACUCCUCCUUACAGUGUUAAAGAGCAAGAAGAAAACCUGUCCCAGUCAAUUCUCUUGAACAGCCCUUUUGAAAAGAAAACCAGAAGAGAACAGGCUUGUCCGCUCGACUGUGCUGAUAUUACAGGAGAGAAGAACAAGCUCCCUGCUAAACUUCAGAAGAUCAGCUCGAGGAAGGAAGGCCUUCCACCAAGAGCCCUGAGAAUGAGUUCCAGUAACACAGAGAAGACUUCCAGUACUGGAGAUCUCUUGAAAAUUCAAGAAAUAAGUCCCAUCUCUGAUGGUGAAGACAGUGAUAACAGGAUGCAGCUUAAAGCCUUAAAAAUAAAUGCCAAGGCUCUGACUCAGUCUAACAGCGAGCUCGAGUUACAAAAGGAUUUUCCAGGUAUGGGUGCUCUGGAGGUGAAAUUGGAAGAUAAUUUUCCUGCCAAACUUUGAAAAAUGAACCCUGAUCACUUCUUUUAAGAGCUGAAGAAACAGGAGUUGAUGAUAAAUGCAUUGGAGACUGCUGCCCUGAAAGAGUUGUUCCACAGUAAAGUCACAACUUGGCUUUGCUUCUUUCAGGAAGAAUGAUCCUUUCUGUAUAAUUGUUCUGUACAGAUCCAAUUUAGGUAGCAUAACAGGACUUUGAGGGGCAGGAAGGUUACCCCUCAUGCCAAAGAGAUUCCUACCCUGAUGAUGUUUAUCAGCAUGCUCAUUGCAAAUCUCCGCUGUCUUCCAUAUGUGCAGCUUAUUUUUCACAAAGCAAGGAUCAGAUGCUUAUCACAGAGUGAAAUGUUCAGAGAUGAAACCUAGAAGGGUGUAACAGCAGCUGAAAGCUGGUUUUGUGCAGCUCAGAUCCCAGACUGCUCCUGAUGUACAGAACACAAGAGGAAAAUGUGACACUGCUCAGUCCUAGUCCAGUUCUCAGUGACCCCGUUGGAAAGAGACCUUCCUGGUGCAUCCUUCUUUCCCAGUGACUGUGGCACACUCCCUCUGUGCUCCCAACAUCUCAUCCAUGAUCAUUCAGGUACAGGAUGCAGUGUGCAAUAACCAUUUGGGUCAUUUGACCCACAUGAGCUCUUGUAAACAUGAGGAUCAUUUAUCCUGUCCAAAAUUAGACCUCAGCAUUUGAUUUGGUGGAUCACAUGCUGAAUUUUAAUGACCA